AUACACGCCACUGCGAGAGAGAAUAGAGAGAGAUGGCGGCAGAAUCGGUGAUAAGAAUGUCGUCGUCGUCGUCUUCGACUGCUUCUUCGCUCUGCAGCUUCCGUCGCUCAAGAGCUCCCAUUUCCCGCCCCAUUCCUUCCCAGCACCAGCGCCGCCGCUGCUCCGCCGCCAGAGGCCAGCCGCUCGCCUCUGAAUUCUUCGGAAGCGUCCGCCUUAGCUCCGCCGCUGCUCCCAGGAAUCUCACUUUGGGUAAACACAGCAGAAAGAAUGGUUUCUCCGUCUUCGCCAUGGCGGCUGAUGAGGAAAAGAGAACAGUGCCAUUGAAGGACUAUCGCAACAUUGGGAUUAUGGCUCAUAUUGAUGCAGGGAAGACGACAACAACCGAAAGGAUCCUUUACUACACUGGUAGAAACUACAAGAUUGGCGAGGUGCACGAGGGGACAGCAACGAUGGACUGGAUGGAACAGGAGCAAGAGAGAGGGAUUACCAUUACUUCUGCUGCGACUACCACUUUCUGGAACAAGCACCGGAUUAACAUAAUUGAUACGCCCGGUCAUGUCGACUUCACACUUGAAGUAGAACGGGCCCUCAGAGUUUUGGACGGUGCCAUAUGCUUGUUUGACAGUGUUGCGGGUGUAGAACCUCAAUCAGAAACUGUUUGGAGACAAGCAGAUAAGUAUGGAGUCCCUAGGAUAUGCUUUGUUAACAAAAUGGAUCGCCUUGGAGCAAAUUUCUUCCGAACCAGAGACAUGAUUGUAACAAAUUUGGGGGCAAAACCGCUUGUAAUCCAAAUCCCAAUCGGUGCAGAAGAUAACUUUAAAGGAGUUGUUGAUCUUGUGCAGAUGAAAGCCAUAGUUUGGUCUGGGGAAGAAUUAGGUGCUAAAUUUGCGUACGAGGACAUCCCGGCUGACCUUAAAGAUCAAGCUGAAGAAUAUAGGGCACUGAUGAUUGAGACGAUUGUCGAGGAGGACGAUGACGCGAUGGAGAAAUACCUGGAAGGAGUUGAACCUGAUGAGGCAACCAUUAAAACUUUGAUUAGGAAGGGAACUAUUUCUGGCAGUUUUGUUCCCGUGUUGUGCGGUACAGCUUUUAAGAACAAAGGCGUCCAGCCACUGCUUGAUGCUGUUGUGGAUUAUUUACCUUCUCCUGUUGACUUGCCACCAAUGAAAGGGUCUGACCCUGAAAAUCCAGAGGUCAUCAUUGAACGAGCUGCCAGUGACGACGAACCAUUUACUGGACUGGCAUUUAAGAUCAUGAGUGAUCCUUUUGUCGGGUCUCUCACGUUCGUGAGAGUAUAUUCGGGAAAGCUCAGUGCGGGAUCCUAUGUAUUAAAUGCAAACAAAGGCAGGAAAGAGAGGAUCGGCAGACUUCUUGAGAUGCACGCUAAUAGCAGAGAAGACAUCAAAACAGCCUUAACUGGAGACAUCAUUGCUCUUGCAGGCCUAAAAGAAACAAUUACCGGAGAAACAUUGUGUGAUCCUGAUACUGCUGUUGUGCUUGAGCGCAUGGAUUUCCCCGAUCCUGUUAUCAAGGUUGCCAUUGAGCCCAAGACCAAAGCCGAUAUUGACAAGAUGGCGACUGGGUUGAUCAAGCUUGCUCAGGAAGAUCCAUCCUUCCAUUUCUCACGUGAUGAAGAGACUAAUCAGACAGUCAUUGAAGGAAUGGGAGAAUUACAUCUCGAGAUUAUUGUUGAUCGGCUCAAGAGGGAGUUUAAGGUGGAGGCCAAUGUAGGUGCGCCCCAAGUUAAUUACCGGGAGAGCAUUUCCAAACUAUCAGAAGUGAAAUAUACCCACAAGAAACAGUCUGGUGGAUCAGGACAGUUUGCUGAUAUCACGGUGAGGUUUGAACCCAUGGAAGCCGGUGGUGGAUACGAAUUCAAGAGUGAAAUCAAGGGAGGUGCGGUGCCGAAGGAAUACAUCCCGGGUGUGAUGAAGGGGUUGGAAGAAUGCAUGAGCAACGGAGUGCUAGCAGGCUUUCCUGUUGUCGAUGUUCGUGCAACAUUAGUCGAUGGUUCCUACCACGACGUUGACUCGAGUGUUCUAGCAUUCCAGUUGGCUGCAAGAGGCGCUUUUAGGGAAGGAAUGAGGAAAGCUGCUCCUCGGUUGUUGGAACCCGUGAUGAAGGUUGAAGUCGUCACACCAGAGGAGCAUCUCGGGGAUGUUAUUGGCGAUCUCAACUCACGGAGAGGCCAGAUCAACAGCUUUGGAGACAAACCCGGUGGUCUCAAGGUUGUUGACGCCCUGGUCCCGCUAGCAGAAAUGUUCCAGUAUGUGAGUACUUUGAGAGGGAUGACGAAAGGUCGGGCAUCAUACACGAUGCAAUUGGCGAAAUUCGACGUGGUUCCACAACACAUCCAGAAUCAACUUGCAACCAAAGAGGAAGCUGUUUCUGCUUGACCUCAAAAUUUUUGAGCAUAUGUUGCUCUGUAAUUUUGUGUUUACUCAUUGCGUGCAUUACACACUUCUGCCAAAAGGCAAUUCUUUUUUGUACCAAAUAUGAAAUGCCCCAGGCUCCAUCGUGUAUUCUUACAUACUGUGGAAUAGAAUAGCAAUCUUCAACCCCUAAA